AUGUCUGAGGAUACUACACCUGUUAGUCGCAGUAGUGCUAAAAGUUCUGAGAGGACGCCAAUAAGGCACAAUAGCCUCAAAGAUGCUGGCACACCAUAUCGCGGAAGAUAUAAAGCAACCACACUGUGGAACAACAUCAUUCGCCAUUUUCGCGAUGAGAUGCCUAUCAAGCGGCAUCGACGGCAGCUUACUUAUUUCGAGGACACCUUCACUGGGAAGGAGGCAGUGGACUUUCUAUUGAUUCUGCUACCCAGAUUGAUUCGAAGGUCAAAUUGUGUAACGUUGCUCCAAAAAUUUUUGGAUCAAGGAUUCAUCGAAAGAGUUCGUCCGAAUCCCGGUGAAAAGGCUAUCUUCAAGGAUAACGCAGCACUUUAUGUG